GAAGCGUGUGGUAUUGUUUAGCUCGUCGCUCCCGGUUGGUUGGGGAGCUCCAGAGCUCGUGCUUUUUCCGAGAAUUUUCAGUGCGUUAUCAACAGCUGAAACACUUCAAGCCAUCGGAGCAGCACGGAGUGCCGGAAGAAGAGAAUUCGUCCUUGCUUUAUUUGGGAAGCGCGCGCGUACGGCGCAUUCCUGCCUCAGGAAGAGUGGAGUGUGUGUGUGUGUGUGUUAGUAAGAGAGAGUGAGAAGAGACCAGGGAAAGAGAGAGCGAGAAUCUUCGGAUGAGAAGCAGCCGAGAGUGGCCACCACAAGAUUUUGCCUCAAAAGUGUGCCAGAACGGGUUCGGAAGCGACACAUUUGUCCGGGACGUUCUCGCUUGAGGGCGUCCGGGUAGUCCUUCGACGCGGCGAGGCCGGAUUCAGAAGUUGAUUAUAAAUUUAGUCAUCGGCCAGGUCUCGCCAGGGCUGGUCACUAGUGCUGUUUGCAGCGGCUGGGCAGCGAGUCUGGAGUUUCCUUGCUGGUUUUGGGGAAUGUUUGGCAGGCCCCGGUUGGGAUCGACCAAGUGUUGCAUUUCGAAUAACCAUCCGUUGGCUGUGUGGACGUCCCGGAAGUAUCUGGGCGAGAGCUAGUGGCGAUUGAACUGAAGUCUGUAGAACAAGUGUUCGGAAAAGUGUAAUGCAGUGCAACUGAUAGUGCCGGCGAAAUCGUGUCGAAAAAGUGCCAGAACAAAUGUUCGCGAUGAUGUUGAAGACGAUAAUAAUCCCAGACAUGAGCGUUUAUCGUUGGGACCAGAAAUUUAUGGUUCACUACGAGCCUCCCUAGCACCCCUAGCAGCGUCAGUGUUCGAGCUUCGAGGAACGAAUUUCACGAUAGCGGGGGACCGUAAGCCUGCCACUCGCUCUCUGUCUCUCGGGUGCAGCGUAUACACACAUACCCACCCACACCCACUAACUGCUGACAAGUUGUGUGAGCCAGACAGAAGUUCUGGACGAAUAGGAUCUAGAGCAGGGAGCCCCCUUCACGCGUCGACAUAUGACAACCAAUGUAAGGGAAACUGAUCGCUUAAUUUCAACCAUAAGCAUACGAGUCACGUUUCGUGUCAAACUUUAUCAGCGGAAGAAAAGGGUGACUGUAUUUGGGUUUCGGUGCUCGAAAACUUCCUCGGGUCAUUUGGUGUCGCCCCGAUUUUUCACCACCCCAUCGGAGAAAAUAAAACAGAAAACCUCACCAUAUGUCUUCAGAGAAUCGUGAAAUAGGCUAUUCAGAUGUUACCCAAAAUAUUAUGGGCUCUAAUUAUUUCGUGAAACAAGCUUGGUAAAUCAAUCUAUGACCGAUCUGGAUGCCGGCCAGGUCAGACGGGUGCUGCACGAGGCGUUGGACUUGUGGGCCCAGAAUGCGAAUCUUACUUUCCGGGAGGUAUACAGCAGCGAGGCGGAUAUACAGGUUCUUUUCGCGCGCCAAUUCCACGGUGAUGGAUACAAAUUCGAUGGGCCCGGCAAAAUUCUAGCCCACGCGUUCUAUCCGGGGACGGGAAUCGGCGGUGAUGCGCAUUUUGACGAAGAAGAAAAAUGGUUGCUGAAUGAGCCACUAGGGACCGAUGGCACCCGACUUUUCGAUGUCGCUGUCCACGAGUUUGGACACUCGCUAGGACUUGGACACUCAUCCGUGAAGGAAGCGAUUAUGUUUCCUUGGCAUCACAUUUCCUAUCGUGGGAAGGAUUCUAUCCCCGAGGAUGACCGCCUUGGAAUUCAAGGUAUUUACGGUCCGAAAAAGAAAACUUAUGGACGAAAUCCCGAACGUCACACCCCUCCACCGACCAGUACUACAACAACCACAACAACUCCAGCCCCACGGAGGCCACCUACUCAGCGAUACUAUCCACGGAAGGAUCAGAAUGGUCAUCCCUGGGAAGGCCUUGGUCCAAAUUAUCCAUCCUACCCGAGAAAACCCACAGUAGUCACAACCACAACGGAAAUUCCUCGGCGACGCAUUUACUAUCCGGACAGACCCACCGUCGUCGGAACAACCUACCCAACGAGACGUGUCUACAAGGAACAACCCACGUACCCACGGGAAACUGAAACCGAUGAACCUCAUCACAUUCCAACCCCAACUAAGGUUCACCAUCAUCAUCAUCACCAUCGGACGCAUCUUCCCGCCACACGACCUCCGCUUCCGCGGGUACCCAGUCCUUGCGAUACCAACUACGAUGCCAUCACACUCAUCCGCAACGAGCUGUUCAUCUUCAAGGACCGCUAUCUGUGGCGAAUCUUCGAAAACGAUGUUCAACACCGACCACCGACCGAAAUCGAACGUAUGUUCUUCGGACUGCCGAAAGACUUCGAACGAAUCGACAGCGUGUACGAGAACAAGCACCAAAAGAUUGUGUUCUUCAUUGGUAAGCAAUACUACGUCUUCAAUUCACAACAUCUGGAGCCAGGAUAUCCAAAACCACUGACGCAUUUGGGACUGCCCGAAAGUAUCGACCGAAUCGACGCUGCGCUCGUUUGGAGUUACAAUAAUAGAACUUACCUGUACAGUGGACGAUUGUAUUGGAGAUUCGACGAAGAGGCGAACCACGUCGAGCUGGACUAUCCCCGGGACAUGUCCAUGUGGAAGGGCAUUGGUUACAACAUCGACUCGGCCUUCCAGUAUCGUGACGGCAAGACGUACUUCUUCAAGGGGAAGGGCUACUGGCGCUUCAACGAUCUGCGAAUGAGUGUAGACCAUGCCGAUCCGCUACCGUCGGCCCACGAAUGGAUGAAGUGCCAGCGAUUACCAAAGCAGCGAGAGCCAAUCGUAGACGUUACCACCGAGGACCAACAGCAUGUUAGCGGAGCUACCCGUGUUAUGGUAGCAAGUCACCAUUGGCCGUUGACUCUCUUCAUGCUUUUAGCGCUAGUUAGUUUAAAAACAACGCUUUUAGGCAUUCAUUAGUUCGAAAAUUAUAAGACUUUCUUUCGGUGCACGCUUUUCUUCACUCUUUCUCUCUGCAAUACGAGAUAUCGAGAUUUUCCCGUGCGAUAACAGCGGGUGACCCUUUCGCAACGCAUCACUGCCGUAAGACAAAGUGUUUGAUGAAUGUGCAAUACACACAAACGAUAGGAUAGAAUCAUCACACAGUAUUUCGAAUGGGAAAAUCUUGUUAAUAAUUAGGAUAUAUUUCAAAUUUUAUACGUUAGCAUGUUCUAUUUCUUUUUUUGUAAUAUACGAAAACUUAAUAUUAGCACCUGUAAAAAUAAUAAGUUAAUUGAGGUACCACAAAGGCUAAGUUUUAAUAUAGGCAAAAGUAUGGAAAAAUGUGGUUACGAGAAUACAAUUGUGUCCGCUGUGAUAUGCGAUCUAGAGUGUAAUAUCAUAAUUUACUUAUAAACAUCGUAUGUGGUCCCUUUUGCGUCGAAGCAAACGGAGACGGAUAUGAGUAGAAAUGCGAAUGGCUUAGAUCAUUGAUAGAGUAUAAUAUUCCUCCCUAGCAAAAAUACACGGAACGAUAAGAGAAGAAUAUGAGAAACAUUGA